AUGUCUAAUAUUCCGGACCUACACCCCAUCGCCGCUACCACAAGGAGGCCAUUGGUGGUCCGAGGAAAAGCAGAGAUUCAACCCCCUGUCGCAAGUGCUGUCUCGACGUCUGAUAAAUCCACGUCCUAUCAAUUGAACGCAAAGUGUCAAGAUUUCAUCACCCGGUAUCUUGGACGAAGUCUCAUCACCCCAGAUGACCCUGAUAUGAUGUAUGUUAAUCGCAAGCUUCUGAGACUAGCCUUCGCCUACCCUUUUUUAAUGCACGCCUCUCUAGGUGUGGCGCUUACGUAUGACCGCUAUCUGAAUAACUCAUUAGGCUGUCGUCGCAGCCUAGAAGAGUGCUACCACUGGUCUCAAAGCACAGCUAUUCUCAACAGGCGGCUAAAGGAACCGAUUGAAGCUAAGGAUAAGGAUGCAAUCUGGGGUACCGCGGCUGCUCUAGCUAUCUUGACCUUUUCGUCCCCUGAUGCAUGCACUCCGGAAGAAUCGUGGCCUUUGAGGUCCUCUGUCCACUGCGAUUUAGACUGGUUACGUAUGAGCCAAGGUAAAAUGUCACUGUGGAACAUAGUGAACCCGCUGCGGCCGGACAGUCUUUUUCGCGUCAUGGCCGCAACCUUUGCUCAAAUGAGUUCACCUUUGCCAGAGAUAGGCAUAGAUGGUAUACCAAGGGCCGUGGCUACCAUGUGUUUCCUCAACGACUCAUCUACGCCGAAAAACAAUCCGUAUUUCUAUGCUGCCCACGCAGUAUCCCAGAUCCUAGACCUCCCGGAUAGUGCGGUCACAACAGGUCAAACUCAAAUCUUCACGCGCAGUAUCAACGGCGCUUUCGAAAGGUUGCUCCGGGAAAGGGACCCUAUAGCACUUUUGUUGCUGUAUCUAUGGUACCGCAAAGCAAGACGCAGUAUAUGGUGGAUUGAACUUAGAGCUAGAGUGGAAUGCCCUUCUAUUUGCUCGUACCUACGGCUAUAUCACAAAAGGAAUGUUUCGGUCCAGGCAUUCCUCCCAGGAGGUGCUCUCGGCGACUAG